AUGGACAGCACCGCCGGGGAUCUCAACCAUGCCGUCAGAGAAGUCGACGCAGGCAUCGAGAAACAGCUGAGCCGAGAUUCGUGUGAUGACUCUUCGUCAGGAAGAGACCUUGUGGGGGAGAAGCACGAGCAGGGUCCGCACUCUUCGGGCUCAUCUUCAGACCAGAUAGAGCAACUGAAAGAAGUUGAUUCCCAUAUUGUCAAGGUAUCUGAGGUCAAGGAGGGCGAAGAGGCUUACGCGCAUCUACCUCCGCACGAGAAGGAGAUUGUCAAGAGGCAGUUGGACAUACCAGAGGUGACGGUCACUUUCAAAACGCUGUACCGAUAUGCAACAAGAAAUGAUCUUAUCAUCAUUGCUGUUAGUUCUAUUUGUGCUAUUGCAGGAGGGGCCGUCUUGCCGUUGAUGACCGUUAUUUUUGGUCAGCUAACAGGCAUCUUCCAAGGCUACUUUCAACAAACAAUAUCGCAUUCACACUUCAAUGCUGAGCUUUCACACUUCACGCUCUAUUUCAUUUACCUUGCAAUUGCAGAGUUUAUUACCAUCUACACCUGUACUGUUGGAUUCAUUUACACAGGAGAGCAUAUCGCAGGGAAGAUCCGUGAGCAGUAUUUGGCAGCCAUCCUGCGUCAAAACAUUGCAUUCUUCGACAAGCUUGGAGCUGGAGAGAUCACUACACGUAUCACGGCCGAUACCAACCUCGUACAGGAUGGAAUAUCUGAGAAGAUAGCCCUUACGUUGACCGCAUUCGCUACCUUCGCGACCGCUUUCGUGAUUGCAUUCAUCAAAUACUGGAAGCUCACCCUGAUUCUCUCAUCUACAGUCUUUGCCAUAGCGUUCUUGAUGGGGGCUGGGUCGACAUUCAUCAUCAAAUAUAACAAGCAAUCGCUAGAGUCGUAUGCCUUAGGCGGUACUGUUGCCGAAGAAGUCAUAAGCUCCAUCAGAAAUGCCACAGCUUUCAGUACUCAGGACAAGCUUGCCCGGCAAUAUGAUACACACUUGGUAGAAGCUGAAAAGUGGGGCCUCAAGCUCAAGGUCGCCCUAGCAGUCAUGAUUAGCGGUAUGAUGGGUAUCAUCUACUUCAACUAUGGCCUCUCGUUUUGGAUGGGAUCACGAUUCAUUGUCGAUGGCCAGAUGACGCUUAGCGAGGUCCUCACAAUUAUGCUUGCUAUUAUGAUAGGAGCUUUCUCUCUUGGAAAUGUGGCUCCAAACGCCCAGGCUUUCACCACCAGUAUCGCUGCUGCCGGCAAGAUUUUCAACACUAUCGAUCGAGCCUCUCCUUUGAACCCUAUGAAUGACGAGGGUGAGAAACUUGAGCAUGUGGAAGGCACAGUGGAGUUGAAGAAUAUCAAGAUGAUAUACCCGUCAAGGGCCGAGGUGGUGGUAAUGCAGGACGUAAACCUCAAGGUACCGGCUGGGAAAACAACAGCCCUUGUUGGCGCAUCGGGGUCCGGAAAGUCCACGAUCGUCGGCCUUGUAGAGCGCUUUUACGAUCCUGUGGGUGGCGAGGUUUGCCUCGAUGGCCAUGAGGUCAGCAAAUUGAACUUGAGAUGGUUGCGCCAACAAAUUUCCCUCGUCAGUCAAGAGCCAACAUUGUUUGGCACGACUAUAUUCGGUAACAUCAAGCACGGGCUCAUUGGCACGAAACAUGAGAACGCCGACAUCGAACAGCAAAAAGAACUCAUUUUGGCUGCAGCUAAAAUGGCUAAUGCGCAUGACUUUGUUAUGGGUCUUCCCGAGGGGUACGACACAAAUGUGGGAGAGCGCGGCUUCCUUCUCUCGGGUGGGCAAAAGCAGCGAAUAGCGAUUGCUCGGGCCAUGGUCAGCGAUCCCAAGAUAUUGCUGCUGGAUGAGGCUACAUCGGCUCUAGAUACCAAAUCAGAAGGGGUUGUUCAGGCUGCCCUCGAUGUUGCUGCACAAGGACGGACAACAAUCGUAAUCGCACAUCGCCUAUCUACUAUCAAGACAGCCGACAACAUAGUAGUGAUGUCUCAAGGGCGGAUCGUUGAGCAAGGCUCUCAUGAUGAGCUGCUCGAGAAGAAAUCAGCGUACUACAACCUCGUCGAAGCACAACGAAUAUCCGCAGAGAAUGAAGAAAAGAAUGCAGAGGAGAAUGUAGAAAUGGACGAGUCCGAGGAAGAGCUCGUAACGUCCCUCACUCCCGAAAAGGAGGUCAGCCGGGAGAAGCUUGAGCGGUCGACCACUGGCAAGUCUGUGUCAAGUGCAAUACUGGAAAGCAGAAAUGCAAGCUCUGGACGUCAAUAUUCUCUAUGGACCUUAAUCAAAGUUGUUGGCAGCUUCAAUAAGAAGGAAGUUCAUUUCAUGCUCGUUGGACUUGUCUUCUCCAUCAUUGCUGGAGCAGGCAAUCCCACUCAGUCGGUCUUCUUCGCCGAAGAGAUUGUUGCUCUGUCCCUGCCUCCUUCGAUGUACUCUAAACUCAGGCACGACGCUGAUUUCUGGGCUUUGAUGUAUCUCAUGCUGGCCUUGGUGCAAAUUUUGUCAUUCAGUGCUCAGGGCAUAGCUUUUGCAUUCUGUUCCGAGCGCCUAGUACAUCGAGCCCGAGACAAGGCAUUUCGGACUAUGCUUCGACAGGACAUUGCUUUUUUCGACAAGGAGGAAAAUUCGGCUGGUGCCCUGACAUCCUUCCUAUCAACCGAGACGACCCAUCUGGCAGGCAUGAGUGGUGUGACUUUGGGCACCAUACUUGUCGUCUGUACGACACUCAUUGCGGCCAUCUCGCUAUCUUGCGCCAUGAACUAUAAGCUCGCUCUUGUUUGCACUGCCACAAUACCAGUCCUGCUUGCUUGUGGCUUCCUUCGCUUUUGGAUGUUAGCUAGGUUCCAAGACCGAGCCAAGAAGGCUUAUGAAUCGUCUGCUAGCUUCGCAUGCGAGGCUACUGCUGCUAUACGCACCGUCGCAUCUCUAACUCGAGAAGAGGACGUUUGGGAACAUUAUCACCAAAACCUUGUCGCUCAGGGGAGGGCAAGCUUACAUUCUAUCCUUCGAUCUUCGAUACUUUACGCUUCAUCUCAAUCUUUCAUGUUCUUAUGCACAGCCCUAGGCUUCUGGUAUGGAGGCACACUCCUCGGCAAUAAGGAAAUAACCGAGCUUCACUUCUUCAUCUGCUUUUCUGCCAUCAUCUUUGGUGCGCAAUCUGCUGGAACAAUCUUCUCAUUCGCCCCAGACAUGGGCAAAGCGAAGCAAGCUGCCAAAGAGCUCAAGACGUUAUUUGAUCGAGUACCGGCAAUUGAUUCAUGGUCGCAAGACGGUGAGCGAUUCAGCGACAUGGAAGGCACCAUUGAAUUCCGAGAUGUGCACUUCAGAUACCCAACCAGGCCGGAGCAACCCGUGCUGAGAGGUCUCAGUCUUACGGUCAAGCCGGGCCAGUACGUCGCGCUUGUUGGGGCCAGUGGGUGUGGGAAGAGCACGACCAUUGCCCUGAUGGAGCGUUUCUACGACCCACUUUCUGGAGGUGUCUUUGUCGAUGGCAAGGAAAUCUCCAGCCUCAACAUUAAUGACUACCGAGGCUUUUUGGCAUUGGUCAGCCAAGAGCCAACGCUGUAUCAAGGCUCCGUUCGGGAGAAUGUGCUGCUCGGUGCUGAUAGAGAAGAUGUGCCCGAAGAGGCUAUUAUUCAGGCUUGCAAAGAUGCCAACAUUUACGACUUCAUAAUUUCUUUGCCUGAUGGCUUCUCCACCGUUGUCGGUUCCAAGGGCAGUAUGCUUUCCGGCGGCCAAAAGCAACGCAUCGCCAUUGCCCGGGCUCUUCUGCGUGAUCCCAAGAUCCUUCUACUCGACGAGGCCACGUCGGCUCUUGACUCUGAAUCAGAGAAAGUGGUGCAAGCAGCUCUUGAUGCUGCGGCACGGGGUAGGACAACGAUUGCAGUGGCACAUCGCUUAAGCACUAUUCAGCGGGCGGAUAUGAUCUACGUAUUUGAUCAAGGCAGGAUCGUGGAGCACGGAACGCAUAACGAGCUUUUGAGGAUGGGAGGGAAGUAUUUCGAGUUGGUGAACAUGCAGAGUUUGGAGAAGAUGCACUAA